CACUAGCUUUUGUAUCCAAUAUUCAAACAAAUACAUUUGCACUCCAUAAAGCUUCCCAAACUAUCUUUACUCAGUUAUUUCUGUCUUUACUCAAUUUUUAUAACAAUGGAAAUGGUAGGCAAAAUUGCAUGCUUUGUUGUUUUGUGCAUGGCGGUGGUUGCACCCCAUGCAAAGGCACUAACCUGUGGCCAGGUUACAUCUGGCUUGGCUCCUUGCCUCCCUUAUCUCCAGGGACGUGGCCCCCUCGGAGGCUGCUGCGGCAAAGUUAAGGGUCUAUUGGGUGCAGCCAAGACCCCAGCAGACCGAAAGACAGCAUGCACUUGCUUAAAAUCAGCCGCUGGUGCUAUCAAGGGCAUUGAUAUGAGCAAAGCCGCUGGUCUCCCUAGCACUUGUGGCGUAAGCAUCCCUUACAAGAUCAGCCCAUCCACUGACUGCUCCAAGGUUCAGUAAGGUUGAUGAAAGCUCAAUUUUCCAAGGCAUAAUUUGGUACUAGUCUUGCGGAGAAGAAUAAAAUGGAUCGAGUUCGAUCCAUCACUAUAUAUGUUGUUCCUUUCUUUUUAAUAUAUAUUUGUGUCUGUUGGAGUACUCAUAUAUAUGUAUUACAACCCAAUCUUCAUAGUAAUACAUGAUAUUUUACUA